CUCUUCUACUUGUUUGCCCCGCCGAUUCGACUGUAUUCACUGAUCGCAUUUUCACUGUAUCACCCCGCAAUAUGAGCUCACCCAGGCGUCGGAUCGAGACCGAUGUCAUGAAGAUGCUGAUGUCCGACUACGACGUCAAGUUGGUGAACGACAGCAUGCAGGAGUUCCACGUCCUGUUCCAUGGCCCCGAGGAGACACCAUUCGCAGGCGGCGUCUGGCGCAUUCAUGUCGAGCUACCUGAUCAGUACCCGUACAAGAGCCCAAGUAUUGGCUUCUUGAACAAGAUAUUUCAUCCGAAUAUCGAUGAGCUGAGUGGCUCUGUCUGUCUUGAUGUCAUCAACCAGACCUGGUCGCCUAUGUAUGAUAUGGUCAAUAUCUUCGAGACGUUCCUGCCGCAGCUUCUCCGAUAUCCUAAUCCGGCAGACCCGCUGAAUGGAGAGGCCGCAGCUCUACUAUUGCGAGAGCCAAAGACAUAUGAGCACAAAGUCCGAGAUUACGUGAGGCGGUUUGCUACCAAGGAGAUGGCAGAAGCCGCAGUUGCAGACGAAGAAGAAGAGCCUGAAGAAGAGGAAGAGGAAGAGGAGGAAGAUGAUGAUAUGGAGGACUAUCGCUACGAUGACGAGGCACCUGGUCAUCUGGAGCUAUGAGCAUUCACCAUUACACCCGUCGGCACUUCACCCCUUGGCAUCAUACCCCUCUACUCUUCUCCCGGAUUGUUCGUUUCCCAUGGUUCUUCUGGCACAUCAGCCUCUCUUUUGUUCGUCUUCUGAUUUCCUCCUUGAUCCCUGCACAAACACUCGUCUGCAUUCCAUUGCGUGGACGUUGCAUCAACAUUCUUCUGCCCGCCUCUGUCGGAGGCACUGCAUUAUCCACCACCAUCCCGUGUACUUACUCUCCCGCUGCACAUAUUGCAAGUAGCAAUUGUACAAUCACGUCGUUCCGGGCAAGUCAGCAGCUCAAAGCCCGGCGACGUCCACAUCCAUACCCGUCUCUUCCGGUGGCGGAGUGCCGGGCCGGCUCCGCUCCGCUGACUGUGAGAGAUCUUUAGAUUCAGGCGCGAGAAUCAUGUCAGCGUCGCUGAUGAUCAGGGUGGGAGCAGGUGGUGCCGACAACUCAUGCAUCCGUUUUUGGAUCUCGGCGGAAGACUUGGCCAUCCCAUCCAGCUGCUGUCGGAGCGCGUUGAGUGAGUUAGAGAACGCCUUGCUCUCCUGCUGUAGCUCCGCGGUCUGACGCUUAAGCUUCUCCUUGUGCGCGUGCAAUCGUUGGCGCUCCGAAAGCUCAAAGUUGAGCCGCGCGAGCAUGCGCUGGUGCUCGUCUUCCAUAAUAUCAGGCGUGCGGAUCUCCUCCGGUGCGAGAUGCUCAAAUUCUUCCUCGCUGUAGAGGGCGAUGUCUUGGUAUAUGGAAGCAAAGUUGAGACACUUUUCAAUCUCGUUCUGCAGAUG